AUGGUAGACUCUUAUGAAGCUUAUGAAGUUGAUUGGGAUGAUGGUACGAAUUUGCAAAGUGAUUAUUAUUUAUCUCUAACAUCGACAAGAGGGGAACGUUUUUCUAGAGCCUUGAAGGCUGUAGUUGAGUCCAUAAUAGAAUUUCAUUUUGGGAAUCAUAUAAUGGAUGAGUUGUUUGGAAGGUAUGCUAUUCUUGUGGAGGAUCAUUUGUCCAAGGCUAGGGCCACAUUUAUAAAUUGGAUCAUUUCUCUAGUCAAGAAACAUUGA